CAUCAGGCUCAUCUUAAGUGAUUCAACUACUUUUUUUUCAUUGGAAUAAAAUGGCAAUUAUUAGGAGUAAUGGACGUAGUGAAACGUCUUUUAUAGGUCUUGAUGACUUGUGAAGGUUAACCCGGGUGUGAAUCCUUAGACCUGAGAUCAUUUCCGAUACGAAGUGAGAUGUUAACAUCUUAUACUUAUGUAAUUUUAUCUGGUAGUUUCAUUCAAAUCGAUAUUUGUGUUGCUUUUUGUUUCAGCUACAGAAGAACUAUUGAAGAGUCGAAGAACGAGAAAGGGAAUUUAAUUUUUAGAUUUCCAGAGCAAUCAAAACUUUACCUAUUGAUCCAGUUUGCUCAAGUUAAGUUCGGUUAAAUGCUAUCAAAAAAGCGCCAAUCAUAAAUUGUUUUAGAAACUCAAAGAGCUUAAAGGGCAUCUAUUUUUUGGUUGAAAUUCGGAAGUUGAGAAUUUUUCAACAAAGUCAGUGUUUUUUUUUUCUGUUCACUUGCGUUCAUUACUCUUUUCCAACUGUCAGUUGGCUAUGUUCGUGAAAUUUUGGUUGGGAAGCUCUAAACGAAAUUUGUGGGUUUAACCACCUGAGUGUACAUUAAUGGAAAGAAUAAUUAAAAACGCAUAAAAGCAGUUUUCGAUUUUUCUUCGCAACAAAAACCUGCAAUGUUCGAUUCCCAAAACGCAUUAAAAAUCUCCAAAAACUAAAUUUACUCGAUUAAAACUAAAAUUAAGCAUAAAUAAGCUAUGUAAGCGGCCUUAACUAUUCGUAAGUAAACGCGCUUGCUCGCUCGCUUUCAUCGCUCUGGUUAAGACAAACAAUCUAAAAUUUCAAACCCGUUUUUCUCAACUUUGUCAAAUUUUUCUCAAAUUUUAUAAUAUCGUUCGAAUCACGACUUAUAAAGCUUUAAUAUGAUUUAUCAAUAAACUCUCUCCGAAGAAUAUUCGGGUUUGCUGAUUUUGCGUGGAAAACAAAACAAAAGAAAACACACCCGAAUACAAAGUUCCUCCCCAUUUUUUAAAUGGUCGGGAAAACAAACAAGUUUCAGGCGCGAAAUGUCUUUUCCUGAGAAGACAAUUCUAAAACUAGAACUGAUGCAGGCGUCCAUUGAAAUGUCCAACAGGGGUUUGAAACAAUCAUCAAUUUGGUGUGCUGAACAGGGAAACAGCAUCGAAGCUGACCUAGACACAACACGCCUCUCAAAUGGAAACUUCUACGCUCAAAUGCAGUCGAGUAACGUCACUUCUUAUAUUUUUGCCAAGACUCUUUUCGACAAUAAAGAAUUCACCAGGGCUGCAUUUCAUUUAGAAUCAGGGUCCAAAACUUGUUCUAAAUGCAGUUUUCUGAAGCUUUUUUCUAGACUGCUAAGUAUUGAUACAAAGAAAAUGGAGGACCAGUUAGAACCAUGUAGUCCAAUGUUUCUCAACAGCGAAACGGAGGAAGCACUCCAUAGCUUACUCUCGGAUCUGAGUUGCCUUGACAACUUGGAUGGUUACCACUGUUACUUGAUGGGUCUCGUUUUGAAUAGACUUCAGAGGAAUCGCGAUGCUCUUAGUUACUUCUGCAGAUCAGUGAACCAAGUACCAAUGCUGUAUGCAUCAUGGUGGGAAAUGAAAAACCUGAUUAAAAGAAAAGACGAGCUUAGCGAGCUGAAACUUCCAUCUCACUGGAUGCGAGAAUGCUUUUCAGCUGAAGUCAACUCUAAUUUCCAGAUGAACGUUGAGGUAGUGGAAAAACUGAUUCCAGUUCUAGACGCCGGAUUUUCGAGAAGUCCUCACUUUUUUGCAUGUUUGGCAAAAGCGCAUCACAAUUUGAGAGACUUUGACGCUUCAAUUGAGUGUUUCGAAGACCUCCGAAGUCUAGAUCCGUUUAGACUGGAAGGUCUGGAUACUCUUUCAAAUGAUUAUUACGUCAAAGGUAAAAAAGUAGAAUUGAGUGCACUGGCUCAUCAGAUGAUGGAGAGUGGAAAGUAUAGACACGAAACUUGCUGCGUGGUGGCAAACUACUAUAGUUUCAGACAAGAACACGAGAAGGCUGUAACCUACUUCCAAAGAGCCCUGAAGUUGAACCCAAACUACAUUGAUGCUUGGACUCUUAUGGGACACGAAUUAAUGGAAAUGAAGAAUACAAGUGGAGCAGUGCAGGCCUACAGGAGAGCAGUUGACAUGGAUCCAAAUGACUUCCGAGCUUGGUAUGGACUGGGUCAGACUUACGAGAUCCUCCGCAUGCCUUUACAUUCGAUCUCAUAUUUCCAGCAGGCGCAUGUUUUGAGACCGAAUGACUCACGGUUCCUGGUAGCUUUGGGUUCGUGCUACGAGAGCCUAGACAAAAAUGCAGAGGCGGAAAAAUGUUAUUGGAAAGCGUAUUCGGUGGGCGACUCAGAAGGAACUGCUUUGCUGAAGCUUGGGAAGAUUUUUGAAAAGCAAGAUAAAGAUAAAGACAAGGAAGAAAAAGCAGCGGCUAUAUAUCAGCGAUACGUUGACGAGGCGAGCGUUGAAGGGAGCAGUGUAAAUGAUAUGCAACAGCAGGCUUCAGUUUAUCUUUAUCUAUCCAAGUAUUAUCUCAAGAAGUGCCAUGAAGCGGAUCCGGACCCUGGAGGAGACAGAAAAUGUCUCCUGGAACAGGCCAAUGAUAUGGCAACUAAAGCAGCUCAAUUUAAAUCUACGCGCGAGGAGGCAAGAGCACUUCAGAAAGAGAUUGUAGAAAAAAGGAAGGAUAGAGAAUUUGGGGCGAUGGGGCACAUACAAUCACAAGCCAUGCACUCCUCCAAUAUCAAUUUGAAUCCCAGCACCCUGAUAGAUCUGGAACAAAAUGAUUCAGCUUGAAAUUUAAACUGAUGUUUACGGGAAAUACUCUGACUCUGGUCAGUCCCUUGUUGUUUUUGAAUUAUAAUUAUUUGUCAAUAGAAUUCAUUGUUUAUUUUGAGCUGUAGAUUUACCAGAAGUUCAUAAUCACGAGUUUUGCUGCUGGAUAAUUUGUCUAUUUUGUUUUGCAAAAUCAUUGAAAUCACUGAAUCGCUUCCUUUUU